CUUCGUUGCAUGACCUUAGUAAGUAUAUAUAUACUGUGACAAUAAUUAAAAUUUUGACAGUUGCUUAGAAUUUUAAACACUAUAUACAUAGAACUUUAAUUGUUAAAAGAUCAACUAAUUUUAUUGUGUUCCUUUGGUUGAUUCAAUAUAUUUUAUAUAAUUUUUCAAUAUGCGAAAAUUUAUUCUUAUUAGAACUUAUAAAGAAGAAGAUGAAUCGAGGAUUUCCUGUGGUUUAUUGUAGUAUGAUUAUAUUUACGCCAGCAACUGUAUUAUACAUUUUGUUAUAUGUAGCGUUUUUGUAUGAAGCUAGACUUGUGGGAAAUGAAGUAUCUGAAAUUCCACGGAUUUACACAUCAGAUAAUUCUUCAUGUUUUUGGAUAGCGGAAGCGUAUAAUGAAUACUCAUUAAAUGAUCAAAAUCAAGAUCAGCCAUAUAUAUUCAUGACAGAGGAAGAAUUCAUUCAAUGUAAUAUUGAUGUAUCAGAAUAUUAUAUAGAAAUUGUAGGUAUCAUGUCAUUCUGUAGAAAUAACCUGGAUUCAACACUUGGUUGUAUUAAAAAUUUCUAUGUAAAGAAAAACUAUAGAAAGAAUGGUAUAGGAAGUCAAUUUAUGAAUCGAACUCUGUAUUUCGCACAUGAACACGGAAUUGGAUGUGUUAAAGCGACUGUUUCUCAAUUUCAAAAACAUCUUAUAAAUUUUUUUAAUACGAGAAAUUUCAGUAUCUAUUCAAGAACGACCUCUGAGGAAACAACAUUGAAUAUUUCUGAUUCACUACCGUGGUGGAAGAUGAAAAUUUUGCAAAAUUUUGUGUUACUUUCUUAUAACGUAUUUACAUGUCUUAAACUGUACUUAAUCAUAAUAUUGAUAUAAAUAUAAAACAACGUUAAUAAAUCAUUUUUUCAUAAGAAAA